AUGUCGUUAUCGAAGAAAUUAUCAGUCAAAGACCUCGAUGUCAAGGGUAAGAGAGUCUUUAUCAGAGUCGACUUUAACGUGCCAUUGGAUGGUAAAACCAUCACCAACAACCAGAGAAUUGUUGCUGCUUUGCCAACGAUCAAAUACGUUGAAGAGCAAGGCCCCAAGGCUGUCAUUUUGGCUUCGCACUUGGGUAGACCCAAUGGUGAAAAAAACGACAAGUACUCGUUGAAGCCCGUUGCUGCCGAGUUGGAGAAAUUGUUGGGUAAAAAAGUCAUCUUUUUGGACGACUGCGUGGGACCAGAAGUUGAAAAAGCCGUCAACUCGGCCAAGGAUGGCGAGAUUUUCCUUUUGGAGAAUUUGCGUUUCCACCCGGAAGAAGAAGGCUCCACGAAGGACAAGGACGGCCAGAAACACAAGGCUGAUCCAGCCGACGUUAAGAAGUUUAGAGACCAAUUGACCUCAUUGGCCGAUGUCUACAUCAACGAUGCCUUUGGUACCGCCCACAGAGCACACUCGUCCAUGGUUGGUCUCGAUGUGCCCCAAAAGGCGGCCGGGUUUUUGAUGUCGAAGGAGUUGGAGUACUUUGCCAAAGCCUUGGAAAACCCAAAGAGACCGUUCUUGGCCAUCUUGGGUGGUGCCAAGGUGUCCGAUAAGAUCAAGUUGAUUGACAAUUUGUUGGACAAGGUCAACUUGUUGAUUAUUGGCGGUGGUAUGGCUUUCACUUUUAAGAAGGUCUUGGACAAGAUGCCCAUUGGUAACUCCCUCUUUGACGAAGAUGGAGCCCAGAAGGUCGAGGACUUGGUUGCCAAGGCCAAGAAGAACAAUGUCGAGAUCAUCUUGCCCGUGGAUUUCGUCACUGCUGACAAGUUUGACAAGGACGCCAAGGUGGGCACCGCAGACGACAAGGAGGGUAUCCCUGAAAACUGGAUGGGUCUCGAUUGCGGUCCAAAGACUGCCAAGUUGUUUGACGAUGCCGUGGCUAAAGCCAAGACCAUUGUCUGGAACGGUCCUCCAGGUGUCUUUGAAUUUGACAACUUUGCUAAAGGUACCAAGAACUUGUUGGAUGCCUGUGUCAAGUCCGCUGAAGAGGGAAACAUUGUCAUCAUUGGUGGUGGUGACACUGCUACUGUUGCCAAAAAAUACGGCGUUGUCGACAAGUUGUCCCACGUCUCCACCGGUGGUGGUGCCUCGUUGGAAUUGUUGGAAGGUAAGGACUUGCCAGGUGUCGUCGCCCUUUCAAACAAGCAAUAA